AUGGCCAUGUCAGAGUCAACGGAUCAGUCUGGGGCUGACCAGAUUGUGACCAUUAUCGAAACAGAUCUGGAGUUCCUAUUUCCGCUUUUACGCAGAUUUCCCAAGUGCUACUGGAUCUGGAACUAUCGGAUGUGGCUUCUCGAUGAGGCCAAACGCCUGCUUCCAGAACCAGUUUCUCGUAGAUUCUGGCAAAAUGAGCUCGUCUUAGUGGGCAAAAUGCUCAAUGCUGACAGCCGAAAUUUUCAUGGCUGGGGUUACCGGCGCUUUGUGGUGAAGGCGUUGGAGGACCUCACGCCUGACGAGAGCAUGACCCAGAGCGAACUGGACUACACGACGAAGAUGAUCGGAGCGAAUCUCUCCAACUUCUCUGCUUGGCACAACAGAACAAAACUGAUACAGAAGCUGCUCAACGAGAAAUCGGCAUCCGACGAGGAGCGGAAGAAAAUGCUCGAUGAGGAAUUAAAACUCGUUCACCGCGCCCUUAUUGAUCCGUAUGACCAAUCUCUGUGGUUCUACCACCAGAACCUGAUGGCUACCUUUGAUCCCACACUUUCAGCCCAAACGAUAGCCCCGAAUUUGUCCAAUGCUGAGCGACUGGAGUAUAUCCAGAAGGAGAAGGAAGCAAUUGAAGACAUGCUCGAUGGAGCCGAAGACUGUAAAUGGAUCUACCAAGCUCUCAUCUAUUGCAACCUCGUGGCUGCCAAGAUCGAGGGAACCAUGUCGCCCGAAGCCAAAGCCGAUUUAACGACCGUAAGGUCCGAUAUACGUAUGUACGUACGUGCAUCAUCAGCAGAUCAAGCAUUCGAGUUGUCAAUGGGGCAUUCCGCAGGAAGGGUACAGUACACGUAUCCGACAUCCGUUAUUGUUGAGAAUGUCGAUAACCUCCAGCGCGGCCAUGAUCAGACUGCGUCGCUACGCGCAUUCUUUUUCCGUGCCAUCGAAGACCGAAAUGAGAGGGUGUACAAUCAUGAUCUGCUCCAUGCCCAUGGGUGGGUCAACAGGCCGUUGAGAUCCAGAUCGCAGCAACGCCAGCAAAUAAUGAUGGAUAUAUCACCCGUCUUCUCGUCGAUGGGAGUGGAGCUCGGCUAG